GACGAGGCACGGCCCGGAUUAUUCCCCAAGCCGAUUUUCCAAUCAGGCCUGUCGCGGCAAAAGAUCGAGUCGGGAUCAAUCCAUGGAGUCGCAUCUAGCAUCACAAAAUCACAUUUGUAGAGCAAUUGUGCGCCAUCAUAAUGUUUUCUAGAGCUCUGCGACCACUGCGAGUGGCAGUAGCUCCCAGGAUAUCCACUGCGGCGCGGCAAAUUACUCCAGCAUCUGCUCGCAGACUGCUAACAACCGAGACGACCAUCGCAGCAUCGCAACCCUCGGAACCUCCCGUUGCUUUGCCUCAAGAAUCACCCAUAAUACCCCCCGAAACCGCUCAAACUAUAGAAACCCUGACCCAGCGUCAACUGCCAUAUUUCGUUGCGCGCAACAACUUCAACAACCUGUCCGUCUACCAACGCUCCGGCCGAGGUGGGUCGCUCAAGACCACAUUAUUAAAGAAGGGAGAAGGAAACCUACAGGCUCUAAGGCAUGACGUUGCAGAGGCGUUGGAUCUGACGCUUAGGGAUGUUGCGGUAAACAACGUCACGAAACACAUUGUAGUCAAGGGACACAAGCGGGACGCAAUUAUACAAUUCCUCCACACCAUGGGAUUCUGAGAGAUUGGUCAGUAGAAUUUCGAUGAAAUAGCAAGCCGAUGCAUUGCACGAUAUGGCAGCUAGAGAGCAAAGGCAGCAUAGACCGCCAAAGCACCAAGAACGCGAGCUUCAAUCUCGUGAUGAGAUAUCCGACCAAGAGGAUGGGCUCGAUGUGGUAUAUAUGUAUCAAAUAUGUGGACAAAAAGGAUGUGCUGCUUAUUCAACACCCCCAAUAAAACGAAUCGAUCACCACUCCUAACAAUCUGGCGAGAUGCGAUGGGCCUAGUGAUACACCCGUUCGACGCUGAUGCGCAAGGGAAAUGUGAAGGCACAUUGUGUGAUUGCUGUAGAUUCCGCUGCACUGGAUAGGGUGUAGUUCAUAUGGGAGAGGAGUGCAGUCCAGCGUCGCCCUACGGCAGGCCCCAACGGCAUUGCUUCAAAGAGAUUUGCGGUUGACU